AUGUCUGACGAAGUAGCACAAGAAACGGGGUGCCUCGAAUGCCUCCCACUCGGCACCGCCAACUCCAAAGCCCUCCCCGUGAGCCACCUCCCCAUCUCAACACCGUCGUCAACCUCUGACCCAGGGCUAUACAGGAACCCUCUGAAGCGUAAAGAACCUCCCUCUGACGACGCUGAUCCCGAGCCCAAACCCAACCCCAACUCCAAUUCCAACGCCAGCGCCAACUCUAAUGCAAAUGGGAAUGUGAACGAAACCAAGGCCAAACCGCUUUCGAGCUCGAGGCCGUUGGCGGGGUCGUCAGAGACUGCGGGCGAGGUACCGGAGGAGUACAAGAAUGGACACAUUGUGUGCCCCGCGUGUGGUCUAAACGUGAACAUCCGCGACGACGAAUCUGGGGUAUUCACGACCAAGAUGUGGGAGGCUCAUCGGGCUGCUUGUUGCCCUCCUCCCUCCACCUCGUCGAGAGGGUGCAGCAGCGGCGAGGCGUCCGUUAUCUACACCCCCGAGGCCACCGUCGAGUCCAUGCAGCACCCACCCACCAAGCGACGCCGGGCGAAGCGCACAGAGGAGGAGAGGAUCGACUACCUCCGCGCGGACCCCUACGUCGCCCAGUUCGAGGCAUACCGAGUGCUGUGUGCCUCGUGCGACAAGUGGAUUCGGCUCCGUCCCAAUUCGACAUAUUGUUCGAUACCCUGGGACGCUCACCGAAAGAGUUGUCUAGCCAAGAAGAUUAACAACAAGAACGCUUAUGCCCUGGAAGAGCGAAACAACCUAUUUUCGAAGGACACCGAUAUUCGCAAGUUCGACGCCGAGAGGAUCUUGUGCAACCGCUGCGACCAGUGGCUGAGCGUCUCGCCCGACGACCACCUGCUCGCCGUCCAGAAAUGGCUCCACCACCGCGCUAGCUGCAGCAAGACUCCAUCCGGCCAUUCCACUCGAUCAUUAGCCAAGGAGAUUCCACGCGCUCCUCCUCCAUCCGGCACUCAACUCGCCGCUCUAAACUCGUCCGUGCACGGAUCUUCCGCUUCCUCGUCCUCGCAUGCGGUUGGUGGUGGUGGAGGCCAACGCGAACUUCGUGAACUGCGCGGAUCCCCGCGACAUGCCAACAGCAGCAACGGUAACGCGCAUGGUGGUGCUUCGGGUGCUUCGGCUUCGCACCAUCAUCAUAACCACCCGCCACAUCACAGUCUGCACCACCUCUCUGCACAACAGCAGUUCCAGUUAUCGCAUGGUCAUCAGUUGCGACAGCACCACUCUCAAGGCUCCGGCCAGGGUCAGAGCCAAGGCCUGCACGGCGGCAGCAGCGGCAACGGUGGUGGUGGAGGAGGAGGAAGCGGAGGUGGCAAAUAUACAGCCUCCUCCCCGCCCUUCCAUGACCUUACACCCAACAACUACGCCCCCCUCCACGAAAGCCGACGCCGCAACGCCGAACAGCGCGCUGACACCCUCCGACGCGACCCCUUGAUUGGUGCCGUCGAACCUAACAGGGUGUUUUGUACCCUCUGUCAGAAGUGGGUGCAGCUACGACAGGAUAGUUCGUUUUGUGCGUAUCCGUGGUUGCAGCAUCGGUCGAAAUGUGUUGCGAGGCAUCAACGCCGUGCGCAGAAGAUCGUCGACCUCAGCGACCGUCGGGACCGUGUCUACGGUCUUAACGACCACAAGUCCUCCUCGAACCUCAUCGACUCGCACCCACAUUCACAUUCACACUCGCAUUCUCAUCAACACUCACACCCCCAUUCCCACUCGCAUGGGCAUCGAGGCGGAAGCCGCGCCACAGCCAUCCCCAUCCGCGACGAGGACGAGCUCCUCUCCGAUUCAGACUCCAUACCCCGUUCGCAUAUGGGGAACAUGCAUAACAAUAACUCGGAGGACGAGGAUGACGAGGAGAGGGAUGGGGAAGGUGAGAAGGAGAGGGAGAGGGAGAGGGAUGGGGGUGAUCGAGAGGGGGACGGGGAGGGCGAUGGAGAGAGGGAUGGGGAAGGUGAGGAGGAUGGGGAGGGGUCUGUUGUUGAAGUUGAGGGUCCCGAUCCGGCGCGUGAAGCACAAGGCAUGGGACAAGGUCAAGGUCAAGGACAGGAGAGGGAGAGACCGCAGCGCCUUCGUCGACUUGCCAACAACUCGAAUGUUCAGUCGAGUUCGGGUUCGAGUUCGAGGCGUCAAGUUGGGGAGUAUUCAUACCGGAAUGGUGGCUCCUCAGCGCACCAUGGGAGACCUGGGACUUCGUCGAGGGGUGGUGUGUCCUCGUAUGGAAGUUUUGAUGGACGAUCGAGGGGGAGGGACAUGGCGUUUAGAGGGUACGCGAAUUCGGCUACUACUUCUGCCUCCAAUGGCAAUGCCAACGGCGCGGGAUCACAUCGACACCAUCCUCAUCCUCACUCUCAUCCUCACUCUCACUCUCAUUCCCACUCUCACUCUGGCUCUCUCCAUCCGCACAACCUGCACGACCACCGCAACGGGGGAAGCGAGCGAUACACCCUCACCUCAUCGGGCCAGCCAGCGAUGAAGCGUGUGCGGAACUGGGCUACGUCCGCGGCAUCUGGUGUUGACGAGCCUGGUUCCCUCCGAGGUGGAGGUGGAAGUGGGAUGGUAGACGUCGAUGUGGAUGGUAUGGACGUCGACGACGACCAACGCAGUGACCGGCCCACCCGCCGCGGUACGAGGACAGGCUGCGAUUUCGAGCGUCGUGAGCGUGAGCGCGAUAAUACUCGUAAUCGAGGUGUGGAUCAUGAUCGCAGUGAGCUCGAUGGGGAGGGUGAUCGGGAUAGGGACAGGGAUGCGGAUGGAGAUGGGGAUGGGAUGGGAGAUGUGGACGCUGAUGCGGAUGGGGAGUCGUACUGCGAGGAUGAUCUACCCGUCGGGAUGGGUGGUGUGGGUGGUGGGAGGCCGGGGUCGAGUGGUGGACCUGGCUCUUCCAUAUUCAUGGGUCAAGGCUCGGGGUUGGGGUCGAUGCAUGUUGGUGGUUCGGGUUCGAUGCAUCUUGGGAACGGCGGUGGGAUGUAUGUGGGCCACGGUGGAGGAGGUGGAGGUGGGAUGGGAGGGUAUCAAGGACAUAGACGGGGAGUUGUUCAUCCGCCGUUGAGUGUUGGUGGCGUUUCUGUGGUGAGGCGGCCGUACCCUGUUGGGUUGGCGGAUUUGGAUAGUCCUAGUGGACGAAAAUCCUUCCUCGCCCACUCGAUCGAAUACCUCUACGCGACGACCUACGAAUCCACGGACGACCUGACCAUCUCUGCUCUGCUCACGUACGUGAAUGCGGCGAUGCCGGUGGACAAGCAUGAGGAUUAUGAUACGGCCGAGGUUGUCAAGUAUGUGGCGGCGUUGAAGGAGAAGGGGAGGGUUGUGUUUUUGGGGGAUGUUGUGAGGUUGGUUGAGUGA